AUGUUACCAUUUAAACAAGCUUAUGCAAAUCAUAAGUUUCAUGUUAUUGUGGAUAAUGUUCGUACUCACAGUGCUAAACACUAUUCGGUUGAAGAUUUUGGAAUGAAACCUGGUACGCGUUGUNUGGAUGAAAUUCCAAAUAUUGAUGAAGAUCGUCAAGCAUAUCCAAUAAUCGGCUGGGAUAUUCAACCGGGCGAUGUCGUGGCAUUUCAUAUGCUAACUUUGCAUGGUGCUCGUGGAACGAUCGGGAAUGAAAAUCGACGUCGUGUUUUUUCUGUUCGUUUUCUAGGCGACGAUGUUACUCAUGCGCCUAGAACAUGGGUAACAUCACCGGAUUUUUCAGAUAUUAAAGAUGAGAUACCUGCUGGUGGUCCGAUGGAUCAUCCACGUUUUCCGAUCAUUUGGAAAACUUAA